AUGCUUGAACAGCUUGUCUUUGCUGUAAAGACAUGCAGCAACCUUUCCCAUGCCAAGAACUUGCACUCGUGUUUGUUCUCGUCCCAUCAUCCCCCAUCGAUCCAACUCCAUCAUUGGGUCAUCCAAAUGUACGGCAGAUGCGGCAGCACUGCCGACGCACGCUCCGUAUUUGAUUCGCUCCACCCAAAGGACUGCAUCUCAUGGAACUCGAUCGUGGCAGCCUACGCCCAGAAUGGAGAGCUGCGCGAAUCCAAAGCUAUGUUCGAUCAGGCGGGCAAAAGAAAUGUGGUGUCGUGGAACACAAUCCUGGGGGCCUAUGGCUCAGCGGGCAACCCAUGCAUGGCUCAGGAAAUCUUCGAUCGAAUGCCGGCUCGCGGGUUAAUCUCGUGGAAUGCAAUUCUUUCUGGAGUUUCACAGACUGGAACACUUCAAUCUGUGAGAACAAUGUUUGUCCUAAUGCCCGAAAGAGAUAAAGUAUCGUGGAACACUUUCCUCUUAGCAAAUGCCCGCCAUGGGCAUUUGGAUGACACCUCCAAAUGCUUUGAGAGAAUGCCUCAAAGAGAUCUCGUGUCGUGGAAUACAGUGCUCGCCUCGUGUGCCAAGACCAAAAGCUUACACAAGAUGACACAAAUCUUGGCGGCGGCACCCGAAAAGGACUACUUCUCGUGGACGACAGCUUUGUCGGCACAUGCCCAGCACGGGCAUCUGGACGAAUCCAAGCGCAUCUUCGACUCCAUGUCGGCGCGCAGUCUUGUGACGUGGAAUGCCAUGCUGGCGGCGUAUGCCCAGCGGGGGCAUUUCCAAGCCGCGGAGCUCUUCUUCCACAGAAUGCCCGAGAGGAACGUUGUUUCGUCGAAUUCAAUCAUCACAGCGCUCGCGCACCACUGCGAGCGAUCGAAGCAGGUCUUUGAUGGCUCGCCGGUCAGGGAUCACGUCUCGUGGAAUGGAAUGUUGGUGGCCUAUGCCCAGAGUGGAAAGACGCUUGAAUCGCAGAUGGUCUUGGAGAGAAUGCCGCAGUGCAACACUGUCUCUUGGACUGGCUUGCUCUCGGCAAUCACCCAAUUCGAAGACGCGAAAGCUCUCUUUGACGAGAUGCCAGCCCGUGAUCUUGUAGUCUGGAACGCCGUGCUGGCAUGCUACACCCGAUUUGGAUGUCUUCUCGAUGCAAAUAUCCUGUUUGAUAAGAUGCCUCACACGGAUUCGGCUUCUUGGUCGACCAUCUUAGGAGCUUACGCACAAAGACUUUCUUUGGAUGAAACGAAGCUAACCUUUGAUCAUAUGCCAGGACGGAAUCUAGCAGCGUGGAGCUUACUUCUUAAUGUAUAUGCCCAAACAGGGUAUCUUGAGAUUGCUAAGUUUGUGUUUGAUAGGAUUCCCGCCAGGGACUUGGUGUUGUGGACCGCAAUGGUAUGGGCUUACUCACAAAACCGGCGAUUGGAAGAAGCAAGAGCAGUGUUUUCGGAAAUGCCACAACGGGAUCUUAUAGCCUGCAAUGCUAUUCUCUCCGCUUUUGCUCAGAAUGGGCAUCUUGUUGAGGCGCGGUCGCAGUUUGAUUCCAUGGUGGAGCGAGAUAUUGUCUCUUGGGCCGCCAUGCUAACGGCGUAUGCACACAAUGGGGGGUUUCACCAAGUGUUGGAUCUGUUUAAGCUUCUCCAGCUCGAAGGCCUGAAACCCGAUGAGAUUUGCUUCACUUGCGUGCUCGCUGUUUGCAGCCACGCGGGAGAUUGCGGGGUGGGAUGGGAGUGCUUCUGCUCCAUUAGCAGUGAUCACAGUGUGGAGGCGAGCAAGCAACACUACAGCUGCAUGGUUGACAUUCUCGGUAGAUCCGGGUACGUUGAUCGCGCGGAGGAGCUUGUGGAAACCAUGCCCUUUGUCCCGGAUGCCGAGGAUUGGAUAUGUCUGCUGGGCUCCUCUCGGAUCUAUAACAAUGUGGAAGUGGCGGAACGAGCAGCGAGACGAGUGAUGAAGUCUAACUUAACAGCCUCUUCGCCAUUUGUGCUGGUUGCAAACAUGAUCAGUCAAUGA